CAUCCCCAAAUCUAUCACAAUUACAUUAAAUAUAAUAUUGUCCUACUAUAAGAAGUUGGUUAAUUUAACUUAAAAAAAGAUAGAGUAAUCCCCCACAAAAUCUUAAUCUCUUCAUUAAACCUCUAAUUUAAUCCCCACAACCUUUUCAUGUCGUAAAAGAGUAUUUAAUCAUGUGAUACCACACCACCACUAGCAAACAAACACAAUAAAAACACCUUCUGGUACUCACUACUGUUCUUGUUUUUCUUCAAGAGCUUUAGUUUCACUUAAAGUUCAAACAAACAAAGAUGGGGUUUGUUUUGGGAGUUGUGAUUGGAGUUUUAGUUGGAGUUUGUUUAAUUGUUUGCUUUGUUAAAUCUGAAAAUGCUCGAUCUAAACUCCGCUCCGAACUGGCUACUACAAUUGCGGCAUUUGCUAGAAUGACAGUGGAAGAUUCCAGAAAGAUUUUUACACCAGAGCAAUAUCCUCCUUGGGUUGUUUUCUCCAAUCAGCAGAAGUUGAAUUGGCUUAAUUCUCAUCUUGAAAAGAUCUGGCCUUAUGUGGAUGAGGCAGCUUCAGAAGUAGUAAGGUCAAAUGUGGAGCCAAUUUUGGAACAAUAUAGGCCUAUGAUUUUGGCAUCAUUGAAAUUUUCCAAGUUCACUCUUGGUACUGUUGCUCCUCAAUUCACAGGAAUUUCUAUUCUUGAAGAUGGAAGUGAAGGUAUUACCAUGGAAUUAGAGAUGAAUUGGGAUGGGAACCCAAGCAUUAUCCUUGAUAUCAAGACAUAUGUUGGUGUAGCAUUACCAGUGCAGGUGAAAAACAUCGGGUUUACUGGGAUUUUCAGGCUGAUCUUCAGGCCGCUUGUCGAUGAGUUUCCCUGCUUUGGAGCUAUUUGUUAUUCUUUAAGGAAAAAGAAGAAGCUGGAUUUUACGCUUAAAGUGAUUGGUGGUGACAUGACAGCAAUACCUGGCAUUUCUGAUGCAAUUGAGGGCACUAUCCGUGAUGCAAUUGAAGACUCUAUCACAUGGCCAGUCCGAAAAAUUAUUCCCAUUUUGCCUGGGGAUUAUAGUGACCUUGAACUGAAGCCUACUGGAGUAUUGGAGGUGAAACUUGUUCAAGCAAAGGAGUUAACAAACAAAGACGUCAUUGGUAAAUCUGAUCCUUUUGCUGAGUUAUAUGUCCGACCUAUACGAGAUAGAACGAAGAAGAGUAAAACAAUUAACAACCAAUUGAAUCCAGUCUGGAAUGAGCAUUUCGAGUUUGUAGUUGAAGAUCCAUUGACACAGCACUUAGUGAUAAAGAUAUACGAUGAUGAAGGGAUUCAGGCAGCUGAACUAAUUGGAUGCGCGCAUGUCCGUUUGAAUGAGCUUGAGCCUGGUAAAGUGAAGGAUGUUUGGUUGAAGUUGGUAAAAGAUUUGGAGAUCCAGAGAGACCAAAAGAAUAGAGGCCAGGUGCAUUUGGAGCUAUUUUAUUAUCCUUAUGGCAUGAAGAAUGAGUUUAGUAACCCUUUUGCCCCUAAUGUACCAAUGACUACACUGGAGAAGGUUCUUAAAGGCGGAGGAGGAGGACAAGAAGCUGCCCAAAAUGGUGGUGAAAUCAACAGGCGGAAGGACGUAAUAAUACGAGGGGUACUUUCUGUAACUGUGAUAUCAGCUGAUGAUCUGGCCCCAACUGAUCUAAUGGGGAAAGCUGAUCCGUAUGUUGUAGUUACUAUGAAGAAAACUGAAAGAAAGAACAAAACCAGGGUUGUACCGGAAAGCUUGAAUCCAGUAUGGAAUCAGACGUUUGAUUUUGUUGUUGAGGAUGGAUUGCAUGAUAUGCUAAUUCUAGAAGUGUGGGACCAUGACACCUUUGGAAAGGAUUACAUGGGAAGGUGCAUAUUGACAUUGACAAGAGUACUAAUGGAAGGUGAAUAUAAAGAAACUUUUGAACUAGAUGAAGCUAAAUCAGGGAAACUGAACUUGCAUCUCAAAUGGGCACCACAGCCUAUAUACAGGGACUCCUAGUGAUUGAAUCAUCUUGUAAGAUACAGAUACCAGUUACGUUGAAUCUUUACGUUGUAGUCUAAGACAAUUUGUAGUAUUAUUAUAGGAUAUGUUUUUGUUCUUGUAAGUUUGUACAGACAUAAGUUGCUUCGAUUCUGUACGUCCUAGGCUAUGAAAAUUUGUAGAAUUAUACAUUUUUGUAGAUAGUUGUUUGAUUAUUGCACAGUUGAGAGAAAAAUGUAAAGCUGCAGAACUUCUCAAGUGAAGCUAAAGCUGGACAAGAAUAAAAUUUAGAAGAGGUUUAUUUGUAGACUA